AUGAGUAAACCAUCAACGCCAAAUACCUCGCCAAAAGCCAAAAAUUCAAUCAUAUUGCCACCCAUCAUUGCCAGUAAUAUCGAUCACCAUCAUAUCCAAAACCUUGGCCAGAACCAAAAUGACAUUGGAAAAGAAGAGUUUGCAAACAAGAAUAAGCUCUCGUAUCAGCAGCAACAGCAGCCUCUUUUAAAGCCGUCAACACCGUCUCCGCCACGGCACAACCGUGUUUCGGCUUCAUUCACCAAGACGCCAGAGCAAAGCAAAGAGCCAGGCUCUAAGAGGAACUCGUUCCAACUAGCGUACACCCCGUCCUACAAGAGAACGAGCACAGGUAGCUUGAAAUCUCCAGACGGCAAACUAGUCUAUCGCAACGUCAAUUCGCCUUAUAGCGCGGCCCAACUUUUGAAAACCCCCAAGCAUUCCCUUAAUAAUGCCAAUAACAGUCUCGAUGAUGAUGACUCUAUUGAAGACGAAAAUGAAGAUGGCCGCAAGGUGAAAAUGAUGAAAACUCCCCAAUACCACACCACAGCAAAGAAGUUGUUCCAAAACGACGAGACACCAACUAACUCCAUCACCACCCCCGCUGGCCGAAGAGAAAGCUUGCUGGAGAUAAGUUCCCAAUUGAAAAGCAGGCUCACGUCUGCCUUGGGCAAAUUACAAAAGGAAGAGUCUGCAAACACGCCUCACAAGAUUACAUUUACUGAACUAUCCUUUGACUCUCAAACUUCACCAACAAAGAAAUAUAACCCUAAAACCAACAUGAGAUUGGCCAAUAACUGGGUUCCGACAAACACAUUAAAUCGGGCGAAUUUGAAUCUUCAAACAUUGCAGCAAUCUCCACUUCCCAACUACUCCUCGUCCUCAACCACCACGUCACCUAAUAUUGAUGCCGGUGGGUUUAGAUCCAACACUGGCUCACCAUUGAAACACUCCCCUUUGCUAAAGGACCAAAGCGCUUUUUCCAGAUUAAAUGACAUGCCGUCACCAGAGGAAGACUCGAGCGCUCAAUCGGCUCUACUAGCUGCACUUUCACGGCUGAAAAAGCGGCACUCGAUUCCGAAACUAGAACCAAGCUCAAACUUGCAAAUAAACACGGGAGCUAAUCUCUUGCAUAAACAAGAAAUCAGAUUGCCUCCCAUAAGGCCACGAGGCUCGUUUGAAAACAAGAAUAAUGAAAAAGAUGCAGUUUUUUCACUAAUGGCGCUAUCGUCUCCGCAGUCGAUUGGAUCAAGACGAGGGAUGGUGUUCCCAACAGACGAAACAGACGAAGAAGAAGAAGAAGAAGAGGAAGAAGAAAGACUAAAACAUGACGGCAAUGUUUCUGAUGAAACAGUAGAUGAAGAAUGA